AUGAAACAGGCUAAAAAGUUUGCAGUAAAAUUAAAUAUAGACUUCGAUCCAAAUACAGGCUGGCUAAGCCGAUGGAAAAAGCGGAACAAUAUAAUAUUCAAAAAAGGACACGGUGAAAAAAGUGCUGCAGACGUAGAUUCUGCAAAUUAUUUUCUGUCGACGAGUAUUGCUCAAAUUUUAAAUCAGUAUGAAACUGAAAACAUUUUUAACGCAGACGAAACAGCUUUGUUUUACAAAGCCAUUCCUUCUGGAGGUACGUCCUUUAAAAAGGAUUGUAUUUAUGGAGCAUUACACUGGAUUAAAAAGGCAUGGUGGUUGGUAAAACCAGCUGUCAUAGCGAAUUGUUUUAAAAAAUGUGGUUUCCAACCAGAUAUUAUAAUAAAACAAGAGGUAGAGCAAAAUAUUGUUAUCAAUGUUCCUGUUGAUGUAACCGAAACUGAUUUUGAAUUUUUUAUUGAUUUCGAUAAAAAUGAGCAAUGUUUUGGAGAAAUGAAUGAUGAUGAAAUUUUAAAUGAAAUUGCUCUAAGGGAGCAAAAUGAUAACUCAAAAGAGGAAGUAGAAAAAGAAAAACCAGUUCGUAAUGUGACUAAAAAGGAAGACCUUGUCGCUUUGGAUACAAUACAACUCUAUUUCGAGCAGCACGGUGAAAGUACAAAUUUAAUUGAUGAUGUAGAAAACAAACUUUUAGAUCUUUUAAUUGAAACAAAGCAAACCAAAAUAAUGGACUUUUUCAAUUGA